AUGUCAUCUGAUCUUGUCGGGCCAGAAGCGGUUCCUCGACUCCUUUAUUCCUGCAAUAAGGCAUGGGCCAAUGCUCUGGUCCAUAACCCAUACACCAAGGAUAUAUUUACCAGGAGCGCAGAGGGACAAAGACCUAAGCUCCUGUGGAUAGGCUGUUCCGACUCUCGGGCUCCGGAGACUGCUGUCACAAACCUUGCUCCAGGCGACCUUUUUGUCCACCGAAACAUCGCCAACCAGUUCCUCCCGUUGGACCUCGAUGUUUCAGCACACGCUGUCCUAGAUUAUGCUGUACUGCAUCUCCACGUCCAGCACGUUGCAAUCGUGGGCCAUACCCAUUGCGGUGGCGUCGAAGCCGCCUACAACGACGCUAUAGAAGGACGUCAUGGGCAUUCCGUCUUCGACGGUCAAGACGGCAAAGAGAGUUUCGCCUUUCAAGAGGAUUCUCGUGGUCUUCUCGCACCCAAGUCCGAAUCCACCCGUGACGCCCCCACGCCUAUCGAAACUUGGCUCACAUCGCUCACCGAGCUAGCUCGUGAACUCGACCGGGACGGUCAGUUCGGCCCAGACCAUGCGGCGUCGAUCAAAGUCCUCAGGGAGGCCAGCGUGAAGAGGCAGGUGCGCAACGUGGUGGAUACUUUUCCGAAGGGAGAUCCGGACCACUCAGAGAUCGAUGUUUGGGUGCACGGCUGGGUGUAUGAGGUGGAGACGGGGAGGUUGAGAGACCUUGAAGUCACAGAGCAGGUCACUGCGUAUGUCAAACCGAAGGCUCGGAGGGAGUAG